CAUUCUUGUUCUUUCAUUUAUAUUUUUGCAUAUCAACCAUCAUUGUUUACUUUUUCUUAAAAGUACAAAGUCAGCCGUGGGAAAAUCUAUUUUAAAACGGAUUGACCUACUGGCAAUCCUUAAUAAGAAAUUUCGGCCAAUCAGCGCCAUCGUUAUAUAAGCGCAUCAACCAAUUAAAACGCCGCUUUUUAACCGCGUUAGGCCUAUUCACUGUAUAGCACUGCGUCUUUUUAACGCUUCAUAUAAAGGUUAUAUAUUUUUAAACCAAUAGAUUUUUAUUAAGGCACCGCACCAACACUGCAAAGUUUUAUAUUUAUACCAAUGGUACAGCCCAGUAAAAUCGGGCUGUCCAUUUUAUGGCCGUUUUCGGCUUUUUAUGCAGAGUUCUAUGUUAAGCAGUGUGCUCGGGCAAUGGUUUUUAACCGAAGUCCCGAGGGUAAAUAACCCCAAUAGUCAGUCGGCACUACGAGUUUGUUACUUCACACGUAAAGAUAGCAAGUUCGACUGGGUCUCACGCCGGAGUAUGCACAACAUGUUCUGCUUCGCGAUGGGCCCAACGAGCUGACACCACCUAAAGCCACCCCGGAGUGGCUCAAGUUCUGCAAGCAGAUGUUUGGAGGUUUCUCACUGUUGCUGUGGGUGGGAGCCAUUUUGUGUUUCAUCGCUUACGCUAUUCAGGCGUCCCAAAUGGAAGAUGUACCCGGCGACAACUUGUAUCUGGGUAUUGUGUUGACCGCUGUGGUCGUAGUCACUGGUUGCUUCUCCUACUACCAAGAAUCUAAAUCUUCAAGAAUUAUGGACUCCUUCAAGAACCUUGUCCCACAAUACGCACUUGUUGUCCGAAAUGGCAUCAAGAAAGACGUCCGUGCCAAUGAGCUAGUAUUGGGUGACAUUGUGGAAGUGAAGUUUGGGGACCGAGUGCCGGCCGACAUCCGCGUGAUCCAGGCUCAGGGCUUCAAGGUGGACAACUCUUCUCUGACCGGAGAGUCUGAGCCACAGUCAAGGAGCGCUGAGUUCACACACGAGAACCCCCUGGAAACCAAGAACAUUUCUUUCUUUUCCACCAACGCUGUCGAAGGUACAUGCCGCGGUGUGGUGGUCAAGACCGGAGACAACACCGUGAUGGGCCGUAUUGCUAACCUGGCCUCCGGUCUCGAGGUCGGCGAGACCCCCAUCGCAAAGGAGAUUGCUCACUUCAUCCACAUCAUCACGUCCGUGGCAGUAUUCCUUGGUGUAUCGUUCUUCAUCAUCGCUUUCAUCCUCGGCUACUUCUGGCUGGACGCAGUAAUCUUCCUGAUCGGUAUCAUCGUAGCGAACGUACCUGAGGGACUUCUGGCCACUGUGACUGUGUGCUUGACCCUCACUGCCAAGAGAAUGGCCAAGAAGAACUGUCUGGUGAAGAACCUGGAGGCCGUAGAGACCCUGGGAUCCACGUCCACCAUCUGUUCAGACAAGACCGGCACUCUCACCCAGAACCGCAUGACCGUCGCACACAUGUGGUUUGACGGGCGCAUAGUCGAGGCGGACACCAGCGAUGAUCAGUCAAACUCCACCUACAGCCGCUCAGACCCAUCAUGGCUCGCCCUCUCGAGAUGUGCCAUGUUGUGCAAUCGUGCAGAGUUCAAGGCCGACCAGGAAAAUGUCCCAGUACUCAAGAGGGAAUGCAACGGUGACGCCUCGGAGUCAGCCCUCCUCAAGUGUGUUGAGCUUUCUAUUGGUCACGUGACGGAGUUCAGAAAGAGGAACAAGAAAAUCUGCGAGAUCCCGUUCAACUCGUCCAACAAAUACCAGGUAUCGAUCCAUGAGACCGAGGAUCCCAAUGACCGGCGCAGCCUGCUGGUGAUGAAGGGCGCCCCUGAGAGAAUUCUGGAACGCUGCUCCAGCUUCAUCAAGGACGGUAAUGAGUACCCCGUUGACGAGAAGUUCUCCACCGCCUUCAACAUUGCCUACAUGGAACUGGGAGGGCUAGGUGAACGAGUGCUCGGAUUUUGCGACUUUGUCCUUCCCAGUGAUGAGUACCCACCAGGCUACAAGUACGACUCCGAGGAUCCCAACUUCCCCCUGACCGGUCUGCGCUUCGUCGGCCUGAUGUCCAUGAUUGAUCCUCCGAGAGCUGCAGUGCCAGAUGCCGUAGGAAAAUGCAGAUCUGCUGGUAUUAAGGUUAUCAUGGUCACUGGUGAUCAUCCAAUCACGGCCAAGGCAAUUGCAAAGGGCGUCGGCAUCAUCUCAGAGGGUAGCCUGACCAUCGAGGACAUUGCAGAGCAGAGGGGUAUCCCAGUGGAGGAGGUGGAUCCACAUGAGGCCAAGGCGUGUGUUGUUCACGGCUCAGACCUCCGCGACAUGACGCCGUUCCAGAUUGACGAGAUUCUCAACAACCACAGUGAGAUCGUGUUCGCCCGAACCUCGCCCCAGCAGAAACUUAUCAUCGUUGAGGGCUGCCAACGUCAGGGACAGAUCGUAGCUGUGACUGGUGACGGUGUCAACGACUCACCCGCCUUGAAGAAGGCUGAUAUUGGUGUUGCCAUGGGUAUCGCCGGGUCAGACGUGAGCAAACAGGCUGCCGACAUGAUCCUGCUCGACGACAACUUCGCCUCUAUCGUAACUGGCGUUGAAGAGGGUCGUCUCAUCUUUGACAACUUGAAGAAGUCCAUCGCCUACACCCUGACUUCGAACAUUCCCGAGAUUUCGCCGUUCUUGCUGUUCAUCCUUCUCGACAUUCCACUGCCGCUUGGAGUCAUCACGAUUCUGUGUAUAGAUUUGGGAACCGACAUGGUGCCUGCUAUCUCGCUUGCAUACGAACAGGCAGAGACGGACAUCAUGAAGAGACAACCCCGCGACCCGCUCCAUGAUAAACUUGUCAAUGAACGACUGAUCAGCAUGGCCUACGGACAGAUUGGUAUGUUCCAAGCCUUGGCCGGGUUCUACGUGUACUUCGUGAUUCUGGGAGAGAGUGGCUUCUGGAUGCGCAAGCUGCUGGGUCUCCGUGAGCAGUGGGACUCCAGAGGUGUCAAUGAUGUACAGGACUCGUACGGACAAGAAUGGACCUACGCCCAGAGGAAGCGGUUGGAGUACACCUGCCACACGGCUUUCUUCGUUUCCAUCGUCAUUGUGCAGUGGACGGACUUGUUGAUCUGCAAGACCCGUAAACUGUCCCUCUUCCAACAGGGAAUGAAGAACCAUCACCUGACAUUUGGUCUGUUCUUCGAGACGGCCCUCGCUGCAUUCCUAACAUAUUGCCCUGGACUUGAGAAGGGACUUCGCAUGCAGAAUCUCCGAUGGAAUUGGUGGUUCCCAGCGUUCCCCUUCAGUUUGGCCAUUCUUAUCUAUGACGAGGUCAGGAAGUUGAUUCUUAGGAACCGGCCUGGUGGCUUUGUAGAAAGGGAAACUUACUAUUGAUACAUCGCGUGCGUUAGUUUUCAUGAUGUACAAAUGUCCAAGAUGAAAGACCCCACUUAACCUCAGAAUCAGAAACUUCAUGGUGUAUUUACAAACAGCCAUGUUCCAUUCUUGAGAAAAAAACACGCUUAGAGUGCAAAUGUCAAAUAAGAUGUACAAUUUAGUAUACAUUAUUUGUUUACGUUAAAUUUAAAUUUGUGUGCAAACUUUAUAUAUAUUUGUGAAUUUUUAAACAAAACCUUUUUUUUACUGACUGUUUGGUUGACUGUAUAAACAGUUGAUAUUUGAGUGCAAUGAUUUUAUAAACUGCAAGGCGAGGAUUGUUAGAGUGCAUUUCACAGCUGACGUGGAAAAUGGCUUCCAAACCGGGAUAGAAGAAGUGGGAAUGCUGUUUACAGCAAAGGAAAAGCAUUUACGGCUUGAAAGUAGAGUGACUAUGUUUAUUUCUGUGAGUCCAUAUGUCCAUAACUAUCACCAACGGGUUUCGGUGAAUGCAGUUGCAGUAACAUCGGCAACUGGUGUACCAUUUGCAAUACCAUCGGCAUAUGUUGUGAGUCCAUUAUGUAGGGUGUACUUGUACCAUCUUGUACACUUAAUUUUCGUGUGCUUUUACCAUCUUGCACACUUGUCCAGUGUACUUUUACCAUCAUGUACACAUUUCGUAAACAUUGUGCAAUCUACUUUGAGAAAGUAAAUGCUUGACCUAGUGAACUUUCCAGGCAUUCCAACUGAAGAAUAAACUAUCUUGCAGCCAUUUUUCGAACUAAGGAGAGUUUGUAACAUAUCGUAUUUCCAAUGGCCCAUACAUAGUUGAGAUUUCAGUGAAGUUUAUCUACAAUCUGGCAGACAAAAUACGGAAUACGUUCCCGUGUGUUCACAUAUUUGGGAGCGUAGACCGUCCAAACCAGAAUGGAGAAAGAAUCCACGUGUGACCUCAAAUGGAUAUUUGUUCCUGUUAUUAAUGUUUUGUUGUGACGGAACUUUGAUAGUUGAAUGCGAAAUGCUCUGAGGAUAUUACAAAAUAAGAAAUUUU